AUGCAAGACGCGGUGAAGGUACUUACAGGUGCUUUCAAAUCAAAGCUGCAAGCAUUGAAAUUCCUUUCAGAUUCUGACAGCCUCUAUGAUACCACGCCUCUGGUGGAUAUGGGCGUUGACAGUUUGGUCGCAGUGGAGGUGAGAUCGUGGUUCUUGAAAGAGCUCGCAGUGGACGUUCCAGUGAUGAAGAUUCUGGGUGGUGUCUCGAUCACAGAUUUGGUGGAAGUUGUGGCACAGAAGCUUCCCCAAGAGCUACUGACUCGGCUUGAUCCCGAGGGGAAGCAAAACCGCGGCGGUGACAAUGUGCCAACCCCUGCUGCCGACAAGAAAUCCGAAGAAACGGAAGAAUCAAAGACCAGCGGUCUGGACAGCGCUCAUGAAGUCAACGGGGUAAACGGUGUCAAUGGCACUCGUGAUACCAUUGAUAUCGCGAACGUCACCAACGGGACUAUGAUCACCACAGAGGUGGAGCUCAAGAGCACAGAUGGCGUUCUCCCGAUCAUUAUCAGUGGGCAGGAGGUCGCCUAA